GGGUAAGCUCCUCUCAUGCUGAUUCUUUCUUCGUCUUCGACUAUAUAGACCGCAUUCAAUCGCUCAUCUUAUUCUCCAGUUGCUUGCCUUCGCUUAUCGAUUCGCGUUUUCACUUGAAGCAAGAGGACCCACCCAGAUACUGAUAUUUGACAAAAGAUUUGCUAGUGUGAGAGCAACGUGCGGUUCCUGUGGAGGUCACGAACGAAAAGAGAAGUUGGAGUACUUUAUUCUGGCAAUGGCUCAGUUUGACGAAUCCAUCAGGGGUCAGAUCCAAGCACUUCUGCGGGUUAUGAGCCUGACUCGAUGUGUUAAUGAAGACAAGGUGCCGUGCAAAAUCGAAGAGGGUCUGUUCUUGGGUUCCGUCGGUGCUGCAAAUAACAAAGGUGCCCUUAAACACCUUAAUGUGACGCACAUAUUAACUGUGGCUAGCACGUUGAGGCCUGCAUAUCCAGAUGAUUUCGUGUAUAAAGUCCUUACAGUCACGGAUAGAGAAGACACAAACAUAAGAGAAUACUUUGAUGAGUGCAUUGAAUUUAUUGAUGAAGCCAAGAGAUUGGGUGGAGGUGUGCUGGUUCAUUGCUUCGUUGGGAAAUCUAGAAGUGUUACAAUCGUCGUCGCUUAUCUCAUGAAAAAGCAUGGCAUGAGCCUUUCUCAAGCUUUGGAACAUGUGAAGAGCAGACGGCCACAAGCAUCUCCUAAUUCUGGUUUCAUUGCACAACUGCAGGACUAUGAGAAAUUUCUGCGAGGUGUAUGAGUAGCAGAUAGAGGCUAGAAGUGAAUGGGAUGAAUACAGAGACAUUUCUCCGCAGUCUUGCCAACCCUAUCCUGGCAUUCGUUUUGGUAUCGAACUUUAUGGUAAAUAACCAUCUUGUAAAUAAAGAAUUUGAUAUGCAAAUCACAUUGGUGUGAAUAUUAAAGAUAUCGGUAAAGGAGUUAAUCUAGGUUUAUGACAACAACGAAGAAAAGGGGGCUAGAAAGAUCAACUUUUUUGUGCUUUUAGGUGUAAUGCAGGUGAACACUUGAAAAGAAACUUUCUUCUGA